CAAGAAUAUUUCGAAAAUCUUUUAGCUAAUCCAAAAGAUGAGGAUAUAGCUGAAAUUUAUAGUUGUAUUGGCACAACAAAAAGAUUAAAAGGUGAAUAUGAUGAUGCACUCAAAGAUUAUCAACGUAGUUACAAAAUGAUAAUUAAUACUAGACCGGAACGUUCAAAAGAUUUAUUAAGAUUAUUGAAUAAUAUGGGAAAAGUUUAUAUGGAAAAAGACCAACAAAAUGAAGCAUUAGAUUAUUAUUUAAGAGCUCUAAAAGUCAGAACAGAUACAUUAGAUCCUGAGUAUUUCGAUCGUGAUAUAGCAAUUUUAUUAAAUAAUAUAGGUCUAAUUUAUUAUUAUAAAGGUGAUUGGAAUAAAUCGUUAGAAUAUCAUUUUGAAUCAGUCAAUAUGAAACAAAAAUAA